AUGUACAAAACAUAUGGGGAAAGGGCAAAGACUCACCCUUCGAAGGUGGCAAGUAGACUACUCAAUUUAAUGGAAGUCAAGCAAACAAAUCUGUGUGCUUCUGUUGAUGUGACUAGAACUCAUGAGUUAUUGGAGCUAUUAGAUAAAUUGGGACCUUACAUCUGCCUUGUCAAAACUCACAUUGACAUAGUGGAGGACUUUUCUUAUGAACACACCAUUCUGCCUUUACAAGAACUUGCAAAGAAACACGACUUUAUGAUUUUUGAGGACAGGAAGUUUGCUGAUAUAGGAAACACGGUCAAGCUACAGUAUAAGGGAGGCAUUUAUCGAACGUCCAAAUGGGCGGAUAUCACAAAUGCACACGGAGUGACUGGCCCAGGAAUUGUUGCGGGUCUAAAGCAGGCUGCAGAGGAAAGCACAGAUGAGCCACGUGGGCUUUUGAUGCUUGCUGAACUCUCUUCGAAAGGAUCAUUAGCUUAUGGUGAGUAUACUCAAAAAACUGUCGAGAUUGCGAAAAGCGAUAAAGAAUUUGUUAUUGGAUUCAUUGCUCAGAGAGAUAUGGGAGGUCGCGAAGAAGGCUUUGACUGGCUGAUAAUGACUCCUGGAGUUGGGUUAGAUGAUAAGGGUGAUUCUCUGGGUCAGCAAUAUAGAACUGUCGAUGAAGUGAUACAAACAGGAACCGAUGUCAUCAUCGUUGGAAGAGGUUUGUUUGGUAAGGGAAGAGAUCCUGUAGUGGAAGGGGAGAGAUAUAGGAAAGCUGGGUGGGAAGCGUACAAGCGGCGCAGUGUCUGA